AGGUACUCCCCGCCGAGUCCCCGCUAACGCCCACCCGUUCUCACGGCCUCAUACUGGAACAUUUUAAGUGCUGAUUAGCAAGUGCAGUUCAAGGAGGAAUAUCGAGAUGGCCUUGCCAAAGCGCAUUAUAAAAGAGACGGAGCGCCUGAUCUCGGAGCCUGUUCCCGGCAUCAGUGCAGUGCCCCAUGAAGACAAUCUCCGCUACUUCGAUGUCGAGAUUCAUGGCCCGUCCGGCUCGCCGUACGAAGGUGGUGUUUUCAAGCUCGAACUAUUCCUGACAGACGACUACCCGAUGGUUCCGCCCAAGAUCCGCUUCCUAACCAAAAUCUACCACCCCAACGUCGACAAGCUUGGUCGGAUCUGCUUGGAUGUGCUGAAGAAUAACUGGUCACCCGCCCUUCAGAUCCGCACCAUCCUCCUAUCGAUCCAGGCCCUGCUGGGCGCACCUAACCCCGAUGAUCCGCUGGCCGCCGAUGUCGCGAAAAGCUGGAAGGAAGACGAGAACAAGGCUAUUGCCACAGCUAAGGAAUGGACCAAGAACUUCGCCUCCCCUGCCCCAAAAUAGGAUAGUAUCGGGCAAAUCCAGACGGACACAGAGUGGUGGUCAUAGACCGGGAUUACCAGAAGGAAAUUAACCCCAUUACACCUUUUUUAUCUCGACGUACUACGUUUUUAUACAGUCAACACUUGAGGCUGCGAAAUGGAUGGGCAAAGAUUGGGCCCAGGAGAUGGCGGGUAUGGAGCUUGAGCAACUUUCCUCAAAGACCAAGAUGAUAUCAACAGAAUUUGGGAGGGAAGGGGGUGAUUUUGCAUGAAGGGAGG